GGUAAACAAACCGCGUGCGUGAAACAUUUCAUCGCAACUGUCAAACAGUCGGUCAAAACGUCAAAGCAAAUGAUCACCUGCUUGGACAAAAACACAUUCUACCGAAACAUAAACAAACGAUUCAGGCCAAGAUGAGUGGCCAUGAUCUUGCACAUGAAGACGAGGUUCCUGUUGUCGAUGGUGCACAGCUGUAUUCCCAUUGCUAUUUGUGCCACACGCCGGUGGUUCACGAUGAGUUUUGUCAACUAUUUACCGAACCAGAGUUUUCCUCCCCGGCAAAGAUACUUGGUGAUGUGUUAGAUAUGGCGAUAUUACCGGAACUGUGCCACUCGCUGAUCAUUUGUAAAUAUUGUAAAACGCUCUGCUCAGAAUAUCAAUCGCUAAUCGAACGGAUGGAAACGAUACAUAGCCAAAUUACGACAGCCUACAAUCAAACCGUAAUGAAGUUAACCGGCCUGACGGAGAAAGACAUUAAGGAUGGAUUGGUGGCGGUGGAGUACGAUGAUAAUCUUGAAACGGAGUUUCAGAAUUUUAACAAAGAAUUGAUGUCAAUGGAGGAUGUAUUUGGCGUGAGUGAACUGAACCCGGAUGUAAUACAAGUUGAUCCGUCCACCGAACAUUUGCAAGAUGCGAGUGCUGCUUUGCUUGGUACCGAUGAAGUGGUCGAGCACAGUGUGCAGUUUAUAAAUGAUGAUGAACAUGCUACAACUCUACUACCGACCGAUUCCGAUGAGAUGGUGGAAAACAGUCUCUGUCCGGAAGAAUUGAUCACAGAAGAAACUCUACAACGGUUUGUCAUUGGUUCGGGUGAAACAAUUGUUGAAGUAGACGCUGAAGAUGGCACGUCAAUUUAUUGCGUCUAUGGUGAAGGUAUAGAAACGUUCAGCGAAUCGCAAGAGCAACCUGAAACGGUGACUACAAUGCUAAAUAGCAUAAGGGCGGCCAGCGUAUCGGAAGGAGAUGGUGUUAUAUCUCAAGCAAGUGAAAGUGAAACGAAUGAAAUUGAGGAAUCCGUAUCCGUUACUUCACUGUUGUUAAACGAAGUAGAUGCCGCUGGAGCAGGAUCUCCAUCACCAUCCCAGGGAGACGAUUUACGACCGUAUUAUAUAAAGAUAGAAAACUAUUAUUACUGCACACUCUGCCCAUCGGACGAGACAACGGUUACCACAAGUGGCAUAAAGCUGAUGGCGGAACAUUUGCAAGAAGCGCAUAAUCAACCAUUACACACGUGCGAACUGUGCGAUGCUAUAUUUUUCCUGCGCGCCGAUUACGUAGAACACUUAGCACAGCAUACGAAGGAAACAAAAACUGUGCAAGAAAAUGAGCUAAACCCUGAUCAGUGCGACACAACGUUCGUCAAGCAGCAUGCACUUGAACAGCACCAAAAGACGCACCAGACCGAGAAAAAUAAGCGAUGGAACUGUGAGCUAUGUGACAAGAAGUACACGUCGAAAGCAUUCUUUGAGGUGCACAUGAACAAGCACGCCGGCAUACGGCCGUACAAGUGUACCGUGUGCACGAAAGAUUUCAGCUCCAAGUACGCACUGGCGGUUCACCUGAAAACGCACUACGCUCGUCCCCGUACGUUCGUUUGCAGCGAGUGCGGCAGUGCGUUUUACAGUCGGCACAAUUUAGUACAGCACGAGCGGACCCAUCGGGCCGAGCGGGAGUUUGAGUGUGGUGAUUGUGGGAAGAAAUUUUUCACCCAGCAUAAUUUGAACGUGCACAAGGUUAUUCACAGCAGCAAUAAGGCAUUUGCUUGCCGGCAGUGUGGGAAAAAAUUUGCAAGGAAAGCGGAAGUGCGAGACCACGAGCGUACCCAUACAGGUGAGAAACCGUUUGUGUGCGAUAUGUGCGAUUUAACCUUUGCCCAACGUUCCAACCUUAACUCCCAUAAGCGAUUAACACAUUUUAACGACAAGCGGUACAAAUGUGACCUAUGUGAUGCUUCUUUCAAACGGCGAAGAUUGCUUGUCUAUCAUACCAGAGCGAUGCACACGGGAGAGCGACCGUACAAGUGCGAUCUUUGUCCAGCUUCGUUCGUUUAUCCGGAACACUUUCAAAAGCAUAAACGCAUACACACGGGCAUUAAACCGUACGCGUGUGAGGUGUGCCAUAAAACGUUCACCAGUCAGGAUAAUCGGAAUGCGCAUCGUUAUGUCCAUAGCGUUAAGAAACCGUACGAAUGUGUUACGUGCGGUACUGGGUUUAUGCGCAAAGCGCAACUGUACACACACAUGCAGGAGAUGGAACAUUUGAAUGAUACGAUCGUGGUGAAUCAGCCGCGCAUUAGUGCAAACAAUUUGCUCGAGUUCGAAACGGAAUCAUUCGUGGUCGACGGUCAGACGGAGGAUGGUGAGCAAAACCAGGAAGUGGAAUGUUCGGACGAUGAACAGCCACAGAUAGCAUUCAUUAGCGUACCAGACUUUGAUGAUGGUGUGUCAGAAAUGGAAUAGGUAAUACGGUUUCUAUGGUUUGAGAGUUUUUUUUGUUAACAGGAUUUGUAAUGAUUGACUUUUUCAGCACCUGCCUUCAGUAUGCAUAGAGCCGUCUGGGUGCAUUUCUUCUACAUUUUCUUAUUUUUUAUGCAUUAAGACUUACAAUUAGAUAUGUUAGUAUAUGAUACUAUAUUGUGUACAGAAAAUGCAAGAUGCUUUCGUUAUCGAAAAGCGAUAUAUAAAUAAAAUGCUGUAUUAAGCAGAUGAUCUUUUCUAAA